AUGCGGCUGCAGGUCACACUGAUGCUCAUCUGCCUGCUCUUUCCUGAAGCUGGACUUAAAGGGGAUUUGCAGAUGAAGAAAUGUGCAACUUCACCAGAGUGUUUCAGUGGAAACAUGAACCUGGGUGCUGUGAAAAUAAGCGUCAACACAAAGUGCUGCAGUACUGAUCUCUGCAACAGCCAAUCAGUGCCAGCUUGGUCCAGAGGCUCACCUAACGGGAGGAAGUGCUACGUGUGUGUUAAUAACGAGUGUACAGGAAGUGUGGACUGCGAGGGAGAUGAGGAUCACUGCAUCACCAUCAAAAGUAGUGCUGGAAAUGUUAAGGUAACACAGAAAGGCUGUGCCAGCAGAAGUGUGUGUGCUGCAGGUCAGGCGAGCAUGUCCACAGCUGGUGUCUCUGGAAGUUUGAACUGCUGUCAGGGGAAUCUGUGUAACGGAGCUGAAAGAGUUAAUCUGAGCCUCUUCCUCCUCAUACUGGGACCCCUGCUCUCCUUCAUCCCCUUCUCCUCUGUCCCUUUUUCUGUCUUUUUCUGGUGAGCGGAUUUGUGUAUUAAAGGUGAUGAAAUGGAUUUUGUAAUUAAAAUCAUUUUAAUAAAAAGUGAGG